AUAUUCUACUUAUUAGGGUAUUUUGGUCCUUGGAGUUCAUUCUGCUAUAAUACGGGUGCUUCUCACAUAGGAAUUAAAGAUUUUACAUCAGAUUUUGUCCUUCGAAGCGCAGGGGCUAGAUAUGGAUUUGGAGACAGAGAAUAGAAUUGCGACAAUUCUUUUGAAAGAGGCUGCAGAAUUGCGGCGGCAAGCAGAGUCAGAGGGUGCACUUUCUUACCUUCAUCGGCCUAAUGUCAGGGGGCGACCAAAUUCACGGUUUUUAACAGCAACUGUUCUUGGAGUACAACAAGCUAAUCGGGCGGUUGAAGUAAAUGAGAUGUGGACGUUAAGGCAGAAAGAGGUGGAGCUUGAGAACAGGCUCAAGGGAAGGUCGGCAGAUAAGAACAAUGAUGCAAAGUGUCAUAGUUACAGUGUCUCAGAAAGGAGUUCACGUGAGAGAUGUGAUUCUGAUUCAGGCACAAGGAGAUCAAAGAAAAGGGAGAGAUGUGAUUCUGAUUCAGGCACAAGGAGAUCAAAGAAAAGGGAGAUGCAAGAUUCUCAUUCAAGUGAAGAUGAAGGAUUGAGAGAUGCUGAAAUUGAGGAAUUUUUACAUUCGAGGGUCAAGCGAGGCAGGGGAACCAUUGGGUCACGGAUGGAUGAAGCUGGUCCUUACCUUCCUUCUAGUUCAGAUACCAGAGAAAAAGAGUCAGCAAGUCCUGAUAUGAAACUAAGCAAAGGUAACGGGUAUCAUGCCAUCAUUGGUCCAGAGAAGCCCGUCUGGCUGAAUUCCCCUGGUUCUUCAGAAAAUGAAUCUCUAUCAGAUGAUAAGAUGAAGGUCCCAAAGAAAUCUAAAUCCAGUAAGCACCAUGACCACGGUAGGAAACAUAGAUCAAAAAAGAAGUCCAAGGACAAGGAGGAUAAAAGGAGGAGAAGAGAGGAGAAAAGAGUCAAACGUCACAGAUAGAUGGUAUCCCCUGAGCAGUCUAUGAUAACUUAUUCGGUCUUUGUUGAGUCAUCGGUUCGUUCAGAUGUUAAACGUCACAAUUCUUGCUCCUGCUUCGUGGAAGUUUCACUUGCUGUGUACUUUUGUAUAUUUUGCACGUUUCUCCUUUUUUUUUUUUUUUUUUUUUUUUUUUGUAAAUAUGACUUUUCAUUCCUUGCCCACUUAAACAAAAAAUCAAUGUAAGCUUCUUCAAGAAACAAAGUCAUUACCAACUCUUUUGUUGUAUCUUGUAAGCAUGGCUUGCCAACUGGUUGAUUUGACCCCAA